UAUUUCUUUUUAAUUAGUUGGUUGCCAUUGAGAGUUGGUUGGGCGAAAUAUUGUGGAACGACGAAUAAAAAACUGGAAAGAGAAAUAAAUUUUCAGACUAGUGUGAAGCAGAAACAGAGAAAGUAGCAGAUAAUGAUGGCCAAAUGCACCGCAGCUCCUCCUGGCGAAGCUCAGCUCUUCCGAACCCUCAGUGGUCUUCAACAACUGGCGGAAACCCGUCGUUUCAAGCAUCAACUGGGGAACUCUAAAUCAAGUCUUUCGAAACCGAAAUCAGUGGAGGAGGUGAAGCAGUACAGGUCUGAGCUAAGGACCAGGGAUAGCCUGGGUCACUUGGUAGAGAAUUAUGAGAUCUCUUCCCGAGUGUUAGUUAGGCCAGCUGGGGUAGAGGAAAGGGCGUGCUCUGCUCCUCGGGAUCACUGGAUGCCUGUGUAUUCCCACUAUUUGAUAGCGGAACUCAGGUUUCCACUUCCUGAGUUGCUAAUAGGUUUAUUGUUAGAUUACAAUAUAGGGUUGACACAAUUGGUCCCCAAUGCAAUGAGGGGGGGAAGUAGGAGGGAUAAAGGGUGGUAUUAUUUCACCCCUAGGGUAGCUAAGAAGGAGAGUAGGAUUUUAUUUACUACGGGUCCUUCAUCCAUUAAGGGAUGGAAGGAAAAAUUCUUUUUUGUGGAUGAUACGGAGUGGGGGAAGGGGGAUGUCGAGGUGAGGGCGUUAGCUUCCUGGAAGGCCAAAAGGGCCAACCAGAAUAGGUUUAGCUUAAAUGGGGAUGAGGAGGAAGAAGUGAGGAAGUUGGUGAGGAAGAGGGGAGAUGAAUUGAAUAUCAUGGACCUCACCAGCGCAGCAUGUAUAGAAGCUGCUGAGCUCUAUGGGCCAAGCGCUCUAAGUGAAGCUGAAAUGGACCAAUUUCUAAACACUGCUAGAGGAGCGCCCAUCCCCAAGAAGCCAAGGAAGAAGUCAAAGACUUCAACCAAGAAAGUGGAUGAGGGGAGGACUGGGAAAGAGGUGGUGCCCUUGGCUUCAGUUGAGACGGAGGAGGAUGUGCCAGCGUUGAAGAGGAAGGGUUGGGAGGAGAGGAGGGCAUUGCAGAAGAAGCAGAAGGUGGUGGAGGAGGAAGAGGGGAAUGGGGUUCCUGAGUUUGUACCUCAGCCUCCUCCUGUUGAGCUGAACCCUGAGCUCAGACGGUUGGAGGAGGGGGCUGAGGUACGGGCUCCUGGUAAGGGAAAGGGCCUUGUUUCCCCGGUGGUGCCUCAGAGCAACUUAUUCGAGGCAAAGAACAUAAUGGGGGCUAGGUGGUUCAUCAACAGCACCUUCCCCGAAGUGGACAAGCGCAAUGCGCGGGAGGAAGCUCUGAGGUACGGGGGAGCAUCUGUUGUGAAGCAUGUUCUUGAGAGCGCAAAUUGGGUGAAUGGUCUAGCCCAGGAGUUCAGGGAGAGUAUAAAGGAGCGCGCACUCUUGCAGAGGCAGUGUGACCAGCUACAGAAGGAGAAGGAGGAGUUGGAGAAGAAAAAUAAAGAUCUGCAAGAGUCGUUGGACGAGGUGGUUCCAACUGUGAAGCAGUUGGAACAGGAGAGGUGGGAGGAUGAUGCAAACGGACGUGCUGUUUUCCCUCCACAGUUCGACUUCGAGUUCGUGGUAGUGGAGGAAGAAAGGGCAGAGGUAAAGGAAGACCAGGUGGAGGCAGGAGUGGAGGGAGCUGAAGUGGAUGAGAGCCAACCAGUUCCAGAAGUGGAGAUUCAUCCAGUUCCCUCCGACAAUGAGCAACCUCCUUUGCCAGACGAGCAGCAGCCAAGACAGCCACCUCUUCCAGCUGAAGAGGAGCCAGUGGAGCCACCUCCUCCAGUAGAGAACUAAUUUUGUUUGUGUUUUUUAUUUUUUGUAAAGACAUUUAAACAGCUUGUAAUAGUUAUUUUAGUUGAAAUGAGAAUUUGUAUUUGAAAUCAUGUGUUUGUUUAUAUUUGCUUUACAUUUUUGGUAUUAUGUUUUAUUAAUAAAAGAACUGAGAUUGU